AGCGUUGCAAAAGCGCGCCCUCAAUCGGUCCUACUGCCAUGGCAACAGCAAGCCCUUUAUUUUAGCCCUCCAGAGUCUCAGAGCAGCCUGCUGUGCGGUGGUCUAAGACGAUUGUGUGGAAGGUGUAGAUAAUAGGAAGAGCACGCUUUGAACUAUGGCUGCGCAGUGCUUAGGAAGUUUUGGAAGCCAUAAAUGGCGGUAUCACCAAUACCUUAAGGAAAAAUACUAUCAAAACCUUCCAAAGGACAGAGAAGGUGAUGAAGGCAUUCAUGGAUUUAGCAAGGAGACAGUGUGGGUUAAUAAACGAUACAUCCCAACAGAUUUGAGAAGCACAGCACCAGUAGCCAGACACAAGCUGAUGACUCCCGAUCAGCUUCCACAGGCAGAAAAACACUGGGUUCCCGAUGGAGAACAAUCCCUCAGGAGUAUAUCCCGAGCCAGUGAAGAGACGUGUAUCUAUAGAUCACAACCAAGCACAAGAUCCGAGCAGUGGUCCACGUUAAGACAAAUGCUCCCAUCGUAUGGCACACCUAUCAGGAAAGGCCCCCCUAAUUGGGGGACAGGCAUGGCACUUCCGCCUGUAGUAACACCAAAAAAACAAUCACGAUUUCCACACAUCAACAGCCCAAUGACCAAAUACACUGAUGACAUGCAUUUAACAAAUAGGUUGUUCAGAUUGCACUAGACCACCUGCUGAACUUGACUCUAAUCAAGUAAUAUGGAGCAAACAAGGAAACGUUUAAAAUGCCUAAUCAUGUUUUGAAGUUGCAACAAAAAGAUCAAUAACUUUCAAAUAAUGUAUAUCUUGUUUACAUACAAGUUAUUGUAAAUCACAUAUUUUUAUAGGCAUGAUCGAUCACGAUGCAUUGUUUUUUGUAAGCACAAAUUCUGUGUUUAUGUAUUUUUGCUAUAAUGUUUUGCAAAAUACUUUUAUAUGCCAAAGAAGUAUUAAUGAGACAAGUGCAUGUGCAAUUCUGGAAUUCAAAGUGUGCCUUGCUUUUUACAAGUAUUUUCAUAAUAUAAUGUAUAAAUUCAUUGAUGAUAUUGAGUUUGAUGUAAAUAAUAAGAGAAAAUUACAUGCCAUCUUUCCAUUUUUUGUUGUAUUAAAAUGAUAGAAAAUAUGUA